AUGCGGGCAGAUGUCACUCAUCGGAUUGUACCAUUCCUCACCAUCCUUUACUUACCAUCCCUAUGCGCUCACAUUCCUCUUAUUACAGAAUAUCCUGGACAUAUUGGUGGCCGAUGUGUAGCCAGUUUUGAUUGCGAUCCUGAUGGUCCACGAGUUUGUAUAACACUCACAGCAGUGAGAGACUGUUUCGUUGAUUGUCCAAAUGCAGCUGAUGAAAAAUGUCCAGUGAACAAAGUGUUAUGUGAUUCGAAAAUAAGCAAUGGAUGUGGAAAAUGUGUCAAAAUGGAGGAGCGUGAUAUGCGUUGCAGUGAUCGUCGAUGGCGAAAUAUAUGUUUGGAACUUGAGCAUUUCAAAUGUUUGUCCACAGACAAUUGUGUUUUACCUCAGUGGAUUGGAGAUGGUAUUGAUGAUUGCGCUGAUGGCUCAGACGAAGACCUUUGUGCUCUUGAAUUAUUAGGUUGCAAUCAGACCAGAAUAAAUCCAACUACAACAUCGCCAUUUGAUGUGGGUGCUCCUAUUGAAAAGCCAAUAGAGGGAUGUCUAGAAGGCGAAUUUCGGUGUAUCACCUCUCAUGAAUGUAUAUCCAUUGUCGAUGUCUUAGAUGGUACUGAACAGUGUCACGAUGGAAGUGAUGAAAGAUAUUGCCAAGAGAUGGCUGGAGGUGACAUGUGUCAGAAACCGAAGCAAUGCAGUUUCAGUCCAGUUGCUGGCAUGUUCACAUGCGGUUGUCCGCUAGGUUAUUCGCGUACUGCUUUCGGUUUUUGUAUCCCUUUUUCAGCUCCACCUUUCAGCACCGACUGUGCCGAUUUGCAGCGACGUUAUCAUUCUCUGGGAUCAGGCCUCUUUAAACUCAAUGACUGGAGUUGCUCUAAGCCUGAGAUGUGUCCAUUUAUUGCCCACUGUGAGAUGAAUUUAUUUGGUGGUGGAUGGACGAUAAUCAUGCAACGGUUUAAUACAUCACUUAGUUUUGACAAGGAUAUACUGGAAUAUGAAAAUGGUUUCGAUUUAGAUAAAUCAAAUUUCUGGAUUGGACUGGAGCGCAUGCACCACUUGACUAGUCGUCCUCAGUGCCCGAAUGAAUUACUUUUAAGGUUACGCACGGCAGUCAGCGGUCAGAUAAUUUUGGUUCGGUAUUCGCAUUUUAUUGUUUAUGAAAAACUUUUCGAUUACCGACUAAAUAUUGGAAGUAUCAUUUAUGGAAAUAGCGCGAACAUAGCAAACGAAUUGGCCCAAGGUCAACUGUGUCCAUUCGUGACAAGUUCAGAGAAAGAAUGUAUUGGUGGAGGAGGAUGGUGGAGAAAAGGAUGCCAACAAAAAGGUGUUUUAACUGCCACGAACAGAGCUCAGGGUACCUAUCCCGGACUUAACUGGAAUGGAAAACGUCUCUCAGCGGUGCAAAUGCUCAUUCGACCUCGAGGAUACAUGCCUCCUCCGAAGAAAUCAUCCUAA